AUGGGUCAGGAAAACCAAGUUGCCUCUGCUGAUAUCCCGGCACGACCAAGCCCAUCAGAUCCAUGUCAAUCAACUAUGUCUCAGAACAAUAAUGCACCUACCCCCGACAGCAAACAGCACCCCCACAUGGGCCCCAGCGAGUCAUCAUUACUCUCAGAAGCCACCCUUACCGGCGACUCCCCCAUCAACGCAGUUGUUGAGAAGAGGGCACGGCGCCGCCACUCGGAUCGCGGAGACUCGAUCUAUGGAGUUGAAGAUUCUAACGAUGCUGAUGGUAGCGGAGAAACCCCCAGGAAGAAGGUCAGGUUUGAUGUCAAGGCGGAAGUGGUGAACCCAAAGAAGGCAUGGGAUAAAGUCACCAUAGGCAGCCACAUUGACGAUCCUCGCAUCCCAGUUAUAGCGGAGAAGAGCGACAACGGCACCAUCUGCAUGACAGUGGUCCGAGAUAGGACUCUGCCCUUGGAUAUCCUCCGAGGCUGGAGACGGUUUUCUUCAGAGAAUGGAAGUGUCCCUCUUAACAAAAUUAAACUGGAUCCAAACAUCUUCAAAGGCUACGCUGACGCCGAACCAUCUGACCCAGAGAAGAAGUAUGAACUUAUCAAGACAUUCCUUGACCCGCCUGAGGGUGCCCACGAGCCCGACAUGGAAACCGAAGUCGAUGAAACCCCGACAGAGACAGCCCGACCCAACACCAAAGAACCCGAAGUCGCCAAAACCGGACCUGAGGCUACUGAAUUACAAGUCGGGGUUUGCAGGAUGGACAACCGCAUUCCAGUUUAUGCAUACUUGAGGCAAGAAAAUCAGAUUUGGUUUCGUGUCCAUGAGGAGGAAUCAGAGAUGAGUCAGGUUCUGUUCUCCGGUACCGCUAUUAGGUAUGAACAGGUUGAGCUUGACAGCAAGUUCAUCAAAUCCAAUGAGCGCACAACCCGGGCAUAUAUUAGAUCGUUGCUCAAGGAGACAGUUAAUGGUGAAGCUGAAACCGAGGAAACUGCAACUAGAUAUCCAGAGAGAUCUCGACGUCGACGACCAGGCUCAACCACAAUCCUUGGUGAAGAAGCAGCUGAUAACACCAUCGGAGACGAGCCAUUAACCGACAUCCAAGCUCGAGUUAACGAGGUGAUCAAUAAGGUAGUCAAUGACCAGGAAAACUCGGCACGUGAACUCAAUAAAGUGCUGGGCGACUACGGGCGGCACUCCGCUCAACAAGCCGACACAAUCAAAGAGCAACAAGUUACUAUUGAGAGGCAAACACGAACUAUCGAAUUACUUAGAUUGAGACUGGCAGAUCUAGAAUCAGCUCCCAAUCAGCAACCAGAGAACGAAAACGAGCAAACCAACGAGGCUGCUGCUAAUCCAUUUGCACCACCUCCCGUUGAAAGCCUCAAAGGAUUCUGUGUCAUUCCUGACGGCAAGGAAAACGCAGGCAUGUUAGUGGAGAAGCAUGCCCACCAUGCCCGCUACAACCGCGCCUAUUACAACGAGCGCCUCCUACUGCAGGAACUAAAGAUUGUGAUCCGGGGCGAAGAUAGCGGCGAGACGAUCAACAUUGACGGAAUGGCGAGUAGGUGUUAUGUGGAGGCUGAUGGAAGCAAGAAGUUGAUUGAGCGGCCCCAGGGUUCUAGGUCCUUUCUUGAACUUGAAGGUAGGCAUUUUAUCAAGUGGGUUAAGAGAGAGCAAAUUACACUUGAGGAGUACUGGAAGGUUUAG